AUGGGAGGCCUUUUAUCCAGUGGAAGCAGUGGAACUUGGAAGGACGACGGCUCUGAGGCUGUCCAAGAUGGUCAGGAUGGCAGUUUCCAUGUGAGUGGCAAAGCGAAGGGCGAUGCUCCGGUGUGUGCUCUCUACAGCGAGGCCAUCUCGUCAGGUGAAUAUUUUGAAGUCACCUGCGAGCAGCUGAAGGAAAGUGCUUUCAUUGGCAUCAGCACAGAAGCGGCCUUCGCCAAGGGCUACAAAUGCCGCGGGCUGUUCUUCGGCGGUCCCGGGAACCUGGCGAACGGCGGCGGCCUGCUGCGGGGCAACUUCGGCGACGGUCUUCAGACCGGCAGUGUGGUGGGCUUCCUGAGCGACAUCGAGAGCUCCACGGUGAAAGUCACCGUCUAUCAAGGCGGCCGGUGUUUGGGCCAGGCCUUCGAAUCGCCCCUUCAGGACCCUUCGGCUCCAAUCUUCCCUGUGAUCCAGGCCAAGGCGGACGGGGACAAGUUCAGGAUUGUGAAAGCGACGCCGCCCAAGGAGCGGCGGCGUGAACCAGCUGGUGGGUCGCACUUUGCCGUAGGGACCUGGAGAGUGGAGAAACUCAUGGUGGGUCCUGAGUUGGGUGAGUUUCCCUUGGCCAGCAAGAUGGAUGGGAAGCCGGUGCUGCUCACCAUCAAGGAGGCUGAAGACAAGAAGUUCCACCUGAGUGCCAAAGUUGCAAACACCAUCAAUUUCCAGGUGGUCCUCAAGGAAGACCCUUCAGCAGCGCCCUUCGAAGCCGUCGAGGUCGCCGGCGGCAUGUCCACCAUGAUGAUGGGCACGCCCGGCGAAAUGGAGGUGGAGUCGGUGCUGAAGCUCUCGGAGGUGCGAAAGUGGAUCUUCAACGAGAGCCUGCUACUCCAAGGGCCCACGCUAGAGGUGUCCCUUCUGCCUGCAGUGGAAGAGAUGCCGCCGGUCAAUGAGCCACUAUGA